AUGUUGAUGAUACAACAGGUGAAAUAUUUAAUGGAAGAACUUCAAAGGAUAUGUAACGAGCUAAAAGACGAGAAUGAAAUCAUUAUCAUGAAGAAGUACGGAAAUAUCGCAAAAUUGUGCACAGCCGCACUUAUGUGUCUUGGCGCUAGUGCCAUAUGCAUUUAUGUUUGCCCGCUAAUUUGGACACACAUCGUCGACGUCGUUUUACCUACAAAUGAAUCUAGAACGCAUCAUACAAUGCAAGUUAUCACCGAGUAUUUCGUUGAUCCUGAAAAAUAUUUCUUUUUAAUCUUAUUGCAUAUGGCAGCAUCCACUUUUAUAGGAACUUUCAUAUUAAUGGCGACAUUACCGAUGUUCAUAGCUUUCCUUGCAUACGUCUGUGGAAUGUUCAGAAUUGCCAGUUAUCGCAUCGAACAAGCACUCUCAAAUGAUAUUUCUCGGAAGAUCGGUCCAAGGAACGUGAUAAGAAUCCAUAAGGAAAUCAUUUACGCUGUUGAUAUUCAUCGGAAGGCUAUGAAGUCGGUCUUUCAGAUUUUGUCGUUUGGUGGCGACAAGGACGAGCUUUUCUUGCAUCUCAGUUAUGUAAGUUUCAAUCUCUCGUAUAUGUUUUUAGCAAACUAUACAGCACAAGAGGUUACGGAUCACAACGACCACGUGUUUGUAACAACAUACAAUGCCCAAUGGUAUGCAGUACCUUUACGUAUUCAGCGGAUGAUAUUGUUUCUCCUGCAAAAGGGCACCAAGACCUUCAGCCUGAACAUUGGUGGAUUAAUUAUAGGAUCUUUGGAAAGUUUCGCUUCGCUACUUAGCGUGUCUAUAUCGUACUUCACCGUUAUAUAUUCGACCCAGAAAUGA